UCGGCCCCGCCUCACCGCCGCGACGCUCAAGGAGCCGGGCCCGGGCCGCUUCUCCCGAUCCCCCCAGCGCGUUGAGCCUGCGGAAGCAUGGAAGGGGAGAGUACGUCGGCGGUGCUCUCCGGCUUUGUGCUCGGCGCGCUCGCUUUCCAGCACCUCAACACCGACUCGGACACGGAAGGUUUUCUUCUUGGGGAAGUGAAAGGUGAAGCCAAGAAUAGUAUUACUGAUUCCCAAAUGGAUGAUGUUGAAGUUAUUUAUACAAUUGACAUCCAGAAAUAUAUUCCAUGCUAUCAGCUCUUUAGCUUUUAUAAUUCUUCUGGUGAACUAAAUGAGCAAGCACUGAAGAAAAUAUUAUCAAGUGUCAAAAAGGCUGUGGUUGGUUGGUACAAAUUCCGACGUCAUUCAGACCAGAUCAUGACAUUUAGAGAGAGACUGCUUCAUAAAAACUUACAGAAGCAUCUUUCAAGCCGGGAACUGGUUUUUCUGCUGUUAACACCAAGUAUAAUAACAGAAAGCUGCUCUACUCAUCGGCUGGAGCAUGCCUUAUAUAAACCUCAGAAGGGACUUUUUCACAGGAUACCAUUAGUGGUGGCCAAUCUGGGCAUGUCUGAACAACUGGGUUAUAAAACUGUAUCAGGUUCCUGUGAGUCCACUGGUUUUAGCCGAGCAAUAAAAACACACAGCUCUGAAUUUUUUAAAGAAGAUGGAUCUUUAAAGGAGGUACAUAAAAUAAAUGAAAUGUAUGCUUCUUUACAAGAGGAAUUAAAGAGUAUAUGCAAAAAAGUAGAACACAGUGAGCGAGCAGUAGAGAAACUACUAAAGGAUGUACACAGCUUGAAAUGGGAAAUUAAAAAAAGAAAACAGGCACAAAUUCAAGUAGCACGGGAGACCGUCGAAAAAGACCCUCAGGAGAACAUUUUUCUUUGUGAAGCUUUACGGACCUUUUUUCCAGAUUGCGAAUUUCUUCAUUCAUGUGUUAUCUCUUUGAAAAAUAGGCAUAUUUCUAAAAAUAGCUGCACUGCCAACCACCAUCUUGAUGUGAUAGACAACCUGACCUUAAUGGUAGAAUACACCGACAUUCCUGAAGCUAGUCCAGCUAGCAGUACACUGCAAAUGAUUAAACAUAAAGCUUUAGAUACUGAUGAUGGAUGGCAAUUCAAGAAGUCACGGCUGUUAGAGACACAAAACAAACCAUCUAAAACAGAUACUGAUAGUAGUAAUCAAGAAAAAGCAUAUACAUUGAGCAGCCCUGAAACAGAUGAAGAGAUUGAAAGAAUGAAGGGUUCUGGUGGAUAUCCACAGUCUCCUACAUUUUGAUCUUUUUAGGCCAAAAGGAGAGCUUUGAUUGGCUGAAGGGUAAAGCCAGACAUUUAUAUUGUCUUUACUAUGUUCAGCAAUUUGCAGUAAUACAUAAGUUCUAGUGCAUUUCUUUUUUAAGGCACUUUAUUUUAAAACCAUAACGUUUUUCUGCCCCCCACCUUUUGAAAGAUUUUAUUUUUAACUAAUCUCCUACACCCAGCAAGGAGCUUGAACUCACAACCCCAAGAUCAGGAGUCACACACUCCACUGACCAAGCCAGCCAGGUGCCCCUUUUACAAAACUGUUGAGGGAAAGGCUUAAUUUAAGUAGAUGGUUCUUUUAAACUUAUAUAGCAUACUUUAGAAUUGGAAAAGAAACACUGGCAUUAGAACACGAUAGAAGAAGAUGUCUAAAAAUAUGAAGAGGUAUUUCAUUUUAAGUCAUUACAGUUUCUACUCCUUAAGUUAUAAGUGGCUAGGGUUGCCAGAUAAAAUGCUGGAAACAUGCAAUAUUAGGGACAUUCAUUAAAAAAUUAUUCAUUGGUUAUCUGAAAUUCAAAUUUAAUUGCAUGUCCUAUAUUUUUAUUUGCUAAAUCUGGCAGUUCUGAUUAUGGCACAACUAAAAUACAGCACAAAUAAUCUCUUCCUAGUCUAGAGUCCUCUACACAAAAUUGAGUGAAUCCAGUACUUGAGUACAGGACAAGUCUGGUAAUGGUGUGUCUGAGGUCAGUAGCUGGUCAAGUAGCUAGAAACACCAGUUAAAGUGGGAACCAAAAAUGGUGCAUAUGUGUAUAUAUAUUUAUAUAUACAUGUCUAUCGCAGAUUUCAUUUUAACAUAAAGUGGAGUUGUACAUUCA